UGAAUUCAACUUAUAUAUGUUCUUCAUUGCGUUUCCUUUCCCCUUGAAAUUGAUUACUAAAUUAUAAGUUUGUAAUUGGGAGAUUCGGUCUUACCGGACAUAUAAGAAAAAAACAGGAGUUGCGGAAGAUUGCUUCAAGUUUCUUGUGUGUUUCCCGAUAUCGGCGACGGCGAAUAUUUCUCGCGGCUUCAAAAACCCUUUACUGUUUCUUUAUGAUAAAUAAAAUUAAAUUAAGGCCCAUUAUUAUUAAAGAGAACUUCGGCGUCACGGCGAUUCGAAGUCGGGCCUCAAUAUCAUUCGUUAAACGACACCGUAUGAACGAGCGAGCAAGGCUUGAAAGCCCUUAACUACAGAAUUGAUUUUGGGCUUAUAGCCCAUAGAUAAACAGACGACUUCUUACCCAGAGAAAAUAAAUAAUAUCCUUUGAACCAGGAGCGAGCAGAGCAGGUUGACUUAUCUCGAAUUAAAAAAAAAAGUAAAAAAAAAGAGGAUCUCAGCUGCAUCAAUGCGAUUCGAACUAGGGUUUCCGUAGUGAAUCAAAAUCGGUAGUUUCGUCUCGUCGCAAAGCAAGUUCUUUUCCCUCCAAAAUUGAGCUGAAUUUGACGAUGGCGUCGCGGUUCCAGGAGGCGUCACUGGUUACUUCGCCAUCGUACCCUAACGCCGUCGCUUGGUCAUCGGAAAAUCUGAUCGCCGUCGCCGCUGGCCACCUCGUCAUCAUCCUCAAUCCGGCAUUGCCAAGUGGACCUCGUGGGGUGAUCUCAGUCCCUAACGCGGAGCCUUAUCAGAUUGGCAAGGUUCGCUAUGAAGAUUUGCUUAGUGGUGGACUCUUACCUUCGAGUUUGAAGAGGGAAAGACAUCCCUCUGUCCGCUCUCUCUCAUGGUCUCACUUAGGAAUGUCUCAAAACUACGGCUGCUUACUGGCUGUUUGCUCAGCAGAAGGCAGGGUUAAGCUAUACCGACCUCCCUUUUCUGAUUUCUCUGCUGACUGGCUCGAGAUUGCCGAUGUAUCUGAUUUGCUUUUUGAGAAUCUAUUAAGCAUCAACUUUGGAGAAUCCAACAAUCCUUCUUCUACCUCAUUAUCUAACAAGGAUCAAGUGGUGCAACCUGACCAUGAAGAUGAUGAAAGGAUUCCAAUUCUCAGGACACGCAAGCGAAGAAAAACGAGCCUAGACAACAUAAACUUGCGUGAAAUGGAUAUUUCAGAUCAAGCAUCAUGUUCCAAGCAAGAUAACCAAACGGUGAAUAAUGUACUUGCGAUUGAAUUGUAUGAACAGCCAAGCAAUGCUCACAAUUGUCACUCUUUGCCUAAAGCUCCGAAAAAGUGCAGUCGAGAGAUAAGUCCAGAGAAGUAUGUUUCUCGUGAGGCAUUAUUGUCCUCUCUUUCUGUCGCCUGGUCCUCUUUACUAACCUUCUCAACAGAAGGUUCUUCUUGUCAGAAUCUGUUAAGAUUCUCUCUUUUGGCAAUUGGUUCAAAGUCCGGUUGUGUUUCCAUAUGGAAAGUCCAUGCACCAGAAAGCUAUCACAUUGAACGUGGCAAUGUAUCUCCCAACGUGGAACUUACAGCUAUUAUUCAGGCCCAUAGUUCAUGGGUUUCAACGAUGAGUUGGGGAAUUUCUGGCUGCGAUUCUUCCAAUCCGCAAAUGCUGUUGGUUACUGGGAGUUGCGAUGGUAGUGUGAAGAUUUGGAUGAGCAACAAAGAAGACUUGCAAAAAUCUGUUGAGGUCUACACAUCUUCAUUUUUUCUAUUAAAACAGGUUGUAGCGGUGAACCUUGUUCCGGUUUCAACGCUUUCAUUUGUUGUGAACAAUUACUCUGAUGAAAUGCGCUUGGCAAUCGGCAAAGGAUCUGGUUCCUUUGAAGUAUGGAAGUGUGAAAUAUCUACCAGAAAGUUUGAACAAGUUGCUUCAACUAAUGCUCAUGACCAAGUGGUUACGGGUUUAGCUUGGUCAUAUGAUGGCCGUUGUUUGUACAGUUGCAGUCAGGAUAAUUAUGUCCGAAACUGGAUCUUAUCUGAGAAUACCAUCUCUGAAGUGCCAAUUCCUGCAAACACUCCUGGUCUCAGUAGCACAAGUGAUCUUCCUGACGACUUUCUGUCAUGUCUUGGUGUUGCAUUGUCCCCUGGAAACCUUGCUGUUGCUUUGGUCCGCAGCUUUAAUAUUGAACUCUUGAAUCCGAUGUACGAAGCAAGGUCACAGAAGGCUGCUGUAGAGUUCAUAUGGAAUGGUGCACAACAAUGUGGAGAAUCGGAAUAUUGUUCGGAGACGAUAACCGAAGCUAUUCUGGGAUUCUCCAAGAACGAAUACGCAUACUGGGAAUCUAAUUUGCUAUGGUCGUUGAAAGAGUUCAAAGAUUAUAAUAAGCCUCUAGUUCUUUGGGAUAUGAUAGCAGCUAUGUUGGCGUUCAAACAAUCAAUGCCGGAGUUUGUUGAAUUGGUAACAACCAAAUGGCUCUCUGUGUCGUACCUUGGGUUUCAUGCUGAUAUCCCCAUGGAAGAUCUUGUACCAAAGAUCUCCAAACGCUUCUCUGAUGUUCCUUCAAGGUUAUUACAUAUUCUCAACGUAAUCUCCAGACGUGUAAUGUUAUCAGAGCUCAAAACGGAUGAAAUCAACAGAAAACUGCAAGGUCAGAGAAUGAACAAUGAAGAAGAGACUGAUCUGUGGCUCAAACUGCUCCAGGAAAGCGAAAGAGAGCUCCGGGAAAGAUUGGUUGGUCUCAGCUUCUCCGCUUAUCUAACUGCUGAGUCAGCUCCUUCCACUGGGAACUGGCAUCCAGCGGGAUUGGCUCAGAUGCAACAAUGGGUUGAGAUCAAUCACGAUAUCGUCGAUAAUCAGCUCCAAACACUUUCAUUAGAAGUAAAAUCUAGUCUAACAAGAUCAAGUAGUAAUAGCACAGAAACCGCAUUAGAGGAAGAGACCUGUCCUUAUUGUGCGGCGCCAGUCCAUUUCAAGUCGCCAGAAGAAGCUGUUUGCCAAGCUCCGCACCAAAAGAAGAAGAAAGAGAGAUGCGAUCAAGGACACAAACUUGAGAGGUGUUGCGUCUCAAUGCAAGUAUGUCCACCCACUCCUUUAUGGUUCUGCAAAUGCUGCAACCGUUUGACUUUAGAGCUCGCUCCAGAGGCCUUAUUCACAUUGCCGUCGUUCCCGAAUGAUCUCAAGUGGCUUCCGGAAUAUUCCUUUAGCAAAGUUGCCUUCAAACCAUUCUGCCUCUUCUGUGGAAUUCUCUUGCAGAGAAAGCAGCCGGAGUUUCUGCUAUCUGCUUCACCUGUAUGAUAGUAAUAAGUUAUUAAGAAGGGUUAAACUUGAUACUGUAUUUAUUGGUUCUAUAGUUUUUUAUUUCACAAAUUAAACUUUUAAGAUGGUGAAUCUAAUCACCAAUCUUGUACCAUACAUUAACCAAUAGAUGUAAUGUACAAACUCGGCUAUCAAAAACAAUCUUGUCCCAUAUGUUUCUUCUUUGGA